AUGUCGAAUUUUAUAACGCAGGUCUCACAAGAUAGACCCAUAUCGACAAAUCCUAUAUUCAAUAGCCAAGGCAAUUCAUAUAGCGACAACGCUUAUAAUAAUAAUGGAAAUGAUACGAACGAAGAACUAGAUAAAGAAUACGGUGAUUCAUUAAUCCAUUUAAAUAUUCAAGAAAAUCAUUAUUUCAUUACAAGAGAUCAAUUAAUGUCAUUACCAGAAUCUUUACUACUUUGCCUUUUCCCAUCCGGUGUUUUCUUAGAUAGAUCUGGUCAAGUUAUUACAAAUCUUUCCCCUGAUGAUGAAGUUUUUAUUAUGAAUUUCCCACCAGACUGUUUUGAAUAUAUAAUGGAAGUUUAUACAAGAGCUCAUGAUGAUUUAAUUAAUUAUCCUGUAGAAACAAUAUUUGAUAAAUCUUCAAAUAAUAAAUUUCUUACUUCUGCUAAAGGAUUUUUCGGUUUCGGAACCAACAACAGUCAAAAUAAUACUACCGGUCCUACAAAUGGUAGUGGUACAACAACAAAUGAACAUGAUUUGUUACACCAAAAACCUGCUAUUAUAGUUUUGAGAGAAGAUUUAGAUUAUUAUUGUGUACCACAAGAAGAAUUCCAAUUUGAACCAAAUGAAAUUUUUGAAAAUAAAGAUGAUCUUUUACAACAUUUUAUGGGUCAAAUUAAAUUAGCUGCUGGCAGUUAUUUAACUGAAAAGACAUCUAUUUUCCAAGGUUUAUAUUCUUCAAAUCGUUUAAAAUCUGAAAAUCAUCAACAACAAAAAGAACAAAAACAACAACAAAAACAGCAUUCUCACACACAUGAUAGUGGGAGCUCGAAUACAACAAUGAUAAAACCAAAGUUAGGUCCCGCUGAACAACAUCUUAUGGAUAUGUUAUGUUCAUCAGGUUUUAAAAAGGAAUCUCAAUGGGGUAAUAGAACUCAAGAACCAGGUAAAACAGUGAUUAGCUCAUUAUCAUUAUGUCGUCUAGCUAAUGAAAGUACCCAAGAAUUUAGAGAAUUAUAUGAAAAUGCUAAGAAGAAAUGGGAAUUACAACAUAGCAUUUUAACUGCUAAUGACAAUGAUAAAAAGGCAUCUUCUUCUAUAUCUUUACAAAUGUUAGGUCGUAGUUCUUCAAAUAAUUUUACUAACAACAAUGCCAAUUCGAAGAGUAACAAUAAUAGUAAUAAUAAUUUGAUACCAUUGAAAAGUUCUGCAACUGUUGCAAAGAUAUCCAAUAUACGCGAUAGUGACAGCACAUUAACAUCUAAUAAUACUGGUCGUGGUGAUAAACGUAAAUCGAGAUUAGCCACUUUGGCAGAUAAUGUUCGUUCUCGAUCCACGUCAAGAAAUAGUUCAUUAACUAGGACUAACAAUAAUAAUACGAAUAGUAAAACUGACGGAGUUAAGAUACCGGAACUUCCUAAAUUAUAUGAUUUAGUUCCAAAACCUGAUAUUAAUGUUAAAUUAUUGUUAUUUUGGAGGAAACCUGCAAGGAAAUGUUGGUGGGGUGAAGAAGAUAUUGAACUUGAUGUUGAAAUUUAUGGUGAUUGGAUUGAUAAAUCAAAGAGAAUUAUUGGUUUGAAAUUACCAAGUAAUGAAAAUGCUAUCAGAGGUGAUUUAAAUAUGAUUACUGUGCCAAUUAGAUUACAUAUUCGUAGAGUAUGGACUUUAGAAUUAAGCGUUGUUGGUGUUCAAUAA